AUGAUCGACGAGCAGUUUUGGAAUUUCACGACGUCGUCUUCGACGGCGGCGAUCACACCGCAGACGAUUCUGUCGGCGGCCGCCAGGGGAACACAUCUGGUAGAUCAGUUUCCAGCACAUGCCGAGAUUUUUAGUGAUGUCGAGAGACCGUUGGUGCAGACUGUGAUCCUUGCGUCAGUGCUGCUAUUGCUCAUACUCUCCUGUUUCAUUGGUAACCUAUUUGUGAUUUUGGCGAUCAUCAUGGAAAGGGAUUUGAGAGGACGACCACAGUAUUAUCUGAUCUUCUCCUUGGCAGUUGCGGACUUGAUUGUCGGCAUGAUUGUAACACCCCUUGGCGCCUGGUUCACCGUAACCGGCUCCUGGAACCUUGGAGUCGUCGUCUGUGACUUCUGGAUCUCCGUUGACGUCCUCGUCUGCACUGCAUCGAUUCUCCAUCUGGUGGCGAUUGCUCUGGAUAGAUAUUGGUCCAUCACAGACAUUUGUUAUGUACAGAAUAGGACGCCCAAACGGAUUACAUGCAUGUUGGCUAUCAUUUGGUUUGUUUCAUUGCUCAUCUCGUUGGCUCCGUUUGCUGGAUGGAAGGAUGAAGGGUUUAGUGACAGAGUACUCAAACAACACGUGUGCUUGAUAAGUCAACAAAUCAGUUAUCAGGUCUUCUCAACAGCGACCGCCUUCUACAUCCCUCUGAUCGCGAUCGUUGUGAUUUACUGGAAAAUCAUGAGAGCUGCCAAAAAGAGAUUCAAGCGAGAACGGGACCGACGUACAGUAAUCCGACCACCUCCAGAUGCAAUAGACGAAAAGAAGGCGAUGAUGCCGAAAAAGAGCAAAAAGUGUCCAUUGCCACCAGCAGUCGUGAUUUCUGAUAUUCAGAAUAAUGGAGGAGCAGCCAAGAAUAAUUCUAUCAAGAAUCCACCACGACACCACGAAUCCAGCUCAUCAGCUUCUGAAGAGGAACGAACGAUGACGAUGACGAAUGUGAAUGGUGAUGCUGCGACACAAGAAACGAAAAUCGAUGGGGAAGAUGGGCGGAACAAAGCGGGAAUCAUUAAACGAAGGAGACGAACGAAAGAAUCGAAUGAGAUGAAACGAGAGAGAAAAGCAUGGAGGACAUUGGCUAUUAUUACGGGAACCUUCGUCGCUUGCUGGACCCCAUUCUUCCUUGUCUCCAUCUAUCGCCCCAUCUGUGGUUGUCAAAUCUCACCGGUACUAGAGCAGGUCACACUGUGGUUAGGAUACCUAAACUCGGCACUAAAUCCAGUCAUCUAUACAGUCUUCUCCCAAGACUUCCGUGCGGCGUUCAAACGAAUCAUCAAACGGAUAUGUCUGAUUCAUGACUAUUAA